AUGCAGGGCGUAGGCCUGAAGAAAGUGGAAGGCAUUCAGCGCGUCACUCUCCGGCGUCCUCGUGGUCAUCUUUACGUGGUAGCAAAGCCCGAGGUGUUCAAGUCCUCUGUGUCUGACUGCUAUGUCAUCUUCGGUGAAGUGAAGAGUGAAGAUAUGAGUGCAUUUGCUCAGGCACAGGCUGCCCAGCUGGCACAGGCUCAGAAACAAGCCGGCGAAGACACAGCUGCGUCAACGAAUGAACCAGGUUUCAACAUUAACGAUUUCACCUCCAGCAAGAAGGUUGACGAUGACGAAGAAGAAGAUGACGCCCCUAUCGAUGAGUCGGGUGUCGAUCAAAAGGACAUUGACCUUGUCAUGGAACAAGUGUCCUGCUCGCGUCGCAAGGCUGUUAAGGCGUUGAAGGACAACAAUGGCGAUUUGAUCAAUGCUAUCAUGAGCGUAAGCUAG